UAAAUAUAUUAUCUGACGUGUAGAAGAAAUAGCUAUUUUUAUCAGUCUUCUUUCAGUUUCACAGUUAAUAGGAUCAUUUAGCUUUACUGAAGAUAAACAUGGUUUAAUAACAAAAUGGUUGAAUUUAGGGAUAUUCAAACGUUCCUGAACCUUUUCCUGGAGAUCCUCUGGACCUUCAUCAAAGUGGUGUAUGAAAUAAUUAGAGCCAUGGUGAGAACGGUGAUCCCUCAGGAACCAAAGGCUGUGAAGGGAGACAUCGUGCUUAUAACCGGCACAGGCCAUGGCAUGGGCCGCGAGAUGGCGCUUCGCUUCGGGCGUCUUGGCGCCAAAGUGGUCUGUGUUGACAUCAACCAGCCUAACAACGAAGAGACAGUAUCCAUGAUCAAACAGGAGAAAGGCAUCGCGUAUAGAUAUGAGUGUGACGUAACCAAUCGAUCAGCCGUGAUGCAAUUAGCUGAGAAAGUCAGUAAGGAAGUAGGAGAUGUUUCGAUCCUCGUGAACAAUGCGGGGAUCAUGCCCUGCAAGCCACUCCUGGACCAAACGGAGAAGGAGAUCCGGCUGAUGAACGAUCUGAAUGUUAACGCGUACAUUUGGAUGAUUCAAGCUUUCCUCCCACCGAUGAUACAGCGGAACUACGGGCACAUCGUCUCCAUGUCGUCAAUGGCUGGUCUGCAAGGGAUCAGGAAUCUUGUCCCGUACUGCGGCUCUAAGUAUGCUGUUAAAGGAAUCAUGGAUGCCUUGGCGGUGGAACUGCGUGAUGAUAAGAGGGAUCUUAGCGGAAUAAAACUAACCACAGUAUUCCCGUACAUCGUGAACACGGGUCUCUGCCAGAAGCCGCGGAUCCGCUUCGAGAGCCUCAUGAAGGUGGUGGAGCCGGGAGACGCGGCGGACACCAUCCUCAACGCAGUUAGGAGAGAGUACAACGAAGUGACCAUACCUCAAGACUUACAUUAUGUCAAUCGGUUUGUAUAUCGUCUACUGCCGUUCCAAGCUGCGUGCGUGUGCACAGAUUUCUUGGACGCUGGCGUGGACCCACACGAUUAAUUUUAAUAACAAUAGUUUAUUGUAAUAUUUUAUUGAUAUUUUAAAGCUAUACCAUAUUCUACACUAUAUUAUGUUCAUAGUUUGCUAGAUUCUUUUCAAUUACUUAUUAUGAUAACAUAACAAAUUUCUAUUACACCUCUUUCGUAAUGCGUAAUAAUACAGUCUGUAUCAUACAGAUGUUUUUGAUUCCAGUUAUAUUAUGAUACGUAAUGUAGGUACUUUGAUUAAGAUUUCGAUAAUUAAGGACGACAAUACAUUUGAUACAUAAAAAAGAAAGCUUCUAACUUACCUAGCGAAAAUGCAGCUUAAUGAAGUAAAUGUAUAGGUAUAUUAUAGUAUAUUUAACUAAUAGAUAAAUUAAUUUGAAGAAGACGUAAUUAUAUAAGUGUUAAUUUUAAGAAUUCGUAUAGCGGUGCAUUUACAUCAAACGAACAUAAAGCUAGAGCAAGAGCAUUUUUUUUGUGAUCUUUUAGUGUAAACGAAAACUCACAUUCAUUCUUGUUCUGUAUUAGAACAUUGCAUAGAAUCUUUUCGAACGCACUAAGAACACAACGAAAGAAUGCUCUAUACCUUUUUACACUAAAAGAAAUUUGACAUAAUGGGGUUAGAAUGAGCAUUCGCUCGUUUGAUGUAAAUGGACCGUUUUAAAAUGAAGCAUCGAACAACUAUAUGGAUAAAUUUAUUUAUUACGUGACAAAUAAAUAAAUUUAUCCAUAAAUUUAAAAUUUAAAAUCACAGUAAAUUUUUCGUUAUUAGAAAUAUCUAUUAUGAAUGUAUUAAAGCCACCUUGCCUUAUUUAGAUCCUAAGAAAUAAGUGUUAUAGUAAAUAAUCGAUAAUAUUUUAGUGAUUACCACUAUGUACCCGUUAUUUUUCUUAAUAGUCCUGUUAAAGUGAAACUUUUAUUACAUCGUCUCAAACUUUUUGGUCUGUGUAGCGCAUGUCGCGUGA